GCAACAUCACCAGCAGCAGCAUCAACAACAUCAUCAUCAGCAUUUAGGGCCUGUUGAUUUUGGAGAUGGUGAGCAACUUGUGCUGUCCGUUGCUCCAGAUUUCACAUGCUCUGAUGACGUAGACAGUGCUCUCUGCCUCAACGGCAUCGCUCAUGAUCUACCGACCAGCCGGGAUCUACUCACCAGCGUGUGCGUGCAGCGCUCACAAAACGGUCUUGAAGAAGACCCACCACGUCGAUCGAUCCAUCCACUCAGAGAAGAACACACACGGCUGUUGUACCAUGAGGGGGCUGGUGAGUCCGACACACGGCCAGGUCACCACACACAACUCACACCGGGCCAGCAUGUUGUGGGCACACGUCACAGAGGUCAGUGUGGGGUUAUGAGAUCUCUGUCUGUCUGCCGGGAACAGUUUGCCGAGCGGGUGGAGAGAGGUGAGGCACUUCCUCAGUAUAUGCACAGCAACAUAAACGGUUUGGAUACACCCGAUGUAGAAAGCUGUCCUGAGCAACACGUGCAGCCUGGUUUGUCUCACGACAAGGAAAGCUUCACGUGUGAGCAGGAAGCCUCGAGGGGUGUACCUGAUACAUCAACAGCUCAACCCACCACGCACUCACUCCGCCCACAACCCACAGCUCACCCCAACAGGUGGUCACUUGUCCCACCACCCGGGCACACGUCACCGGCCACGACAAGAUGUCUGACCACGACAAGAUGUCUGACCACGACAAGAUGUCUGACCCCCAGGAACAUCUCACAGCGAGUCGCCCCCGGCGGGGACCUGACACAACACGGAGGGGUCGUGACCUUGAUUCCAUCGUGUGACCUCCUCCCACAGGGCAGGGUGUCCGGUCAGAGAGGUCAAAGGUCAGGCGGCCGCCGCGUGCCACACCAGAGAUUGGACCACGCCCCAAGCGACCAGAGCUUGCACCACGCCACACUGGACCACACCCCACAUGACCAGGCUUUUGUGGCGUCAGACCUGAUCCCUCAGUGUCCUCAAGCGUACUCGAACCAGAUACCGUACAUGCAGCAGCUGAACCACCACAACCAGCAGCAGCAGCAGCAACAACAACAACUACAACAGCAACAACACCACCAAAGAGACGUGCGGGGCGGGCAGAACAUCGUAAGUCAAGUCCCUUCUGAUGUAGCACACGAGACACAGAGAGCGAGACAUGGCGUACACACCGGGAACAUUGCCAUGAAUAAAAGAGAGGCCCCGCGGCCGUGUGCUGUGAGAGGAAACCACGGGCCAAGCGCGGGGGCAGAAACACAGAUCCAGGCCUCAGACAAUCAAAUGGCCGAUGAAGGGGCAGACACACACACAGGGAGAGCCUGGCCGUCCAAAGACAAUCACGUGACCGCCAAGGGGGCAGACACACACUCAGGGAGAGCCGCAUGGCCGCACACAGACAGCCACAACCCUGGCAGGAUCACACUGGGCGAGCUGGUGGCCGCGAGAGACAUAUCUCCCCGACACCGGCGAGAGCCGCACCAUUGGGCCUGUCCUUCUUUCAACUUCAACACCACACGGCGACACGAUAACCUGCCCGUCUGUGAACCCGUCACAGAGAUGUACAGGGCGCAGUCAGGCGGAGACGGCGCGGAGUCAGUCGGAGAAAGGGCGGAGUCAGUCGGAGAAAGGGUGGAGUCAGUCGGAGAAAGGGCGGAGUCAGUCGGAGAAAGGGCGGAGUCAGUCGGAGAAAGGGCGGAGUCAGUCGGAGAAAGGGCGGAGUCAGUCGGAGAAAGGGCGGAGUCAGUCGGAGAAAGAUCAAGCAGUUAUUCCCCCGGCGCGGUUGUCCUCCCCACUUCCAGACAGCAUACGUCACAUGACAGGCAGGUUCCGGUGUCCGUGGAGCCGAGGGGGGGUCGAAGGUCACCGUCUGUGGGUCAGGGCGAUAGGUCACUGGAAGUCGUGGAACCCACACCAGAGGGUUAUGUCCAGGGUCAAGUCUUGACCGAUUCUCAAGGUCAAGGACAGACCAGGCCUGAGGGAGAGACGACGGCACAGCCAAGAGCAGCAGCCCCGGCCACCACCAGAACGGUUACCCCAACACCACCACCAUCAUCACCCCCACCACAACCACCACCAUCAUCACCCCCACCACAACCACCACCAUCACCACGGCACUCUGGCCCUGGCAUACCACCACAGGCUUCUAGCAACAGCAGCAGUAGUAGCAGCAGCAACAGCAGCAGCAGCAACAGCAACAGUAGCAGCAGCAACAGCGGCAGGAGGAAGACGAAGGAGGGUGGUGAGGUGUCGUGUGACGACCACAUGGUGUGUAUCCAGCGACUGCCCCUAGACAUGGAGGAGCUGUCACUGCUGCACCUGGCCCGGGACUACGGGCACGUGACCAAGAUCUACUUCAUCAAACACCGCAGGACAGGGCGAUUCCAGGGGUACCAGAUGGAAGUUGAGGAUAGGCCUACGUUCUAG